AUGCAUUCACCUUCAUUUCCACAGCUCUUUAAAACACAAACCUCAAAAGAAAUAUCAAUCCCUACUACUAAAUUAAAAAUUUUUCUCAUCCAAACGGCGAUGGGUCUUUAUAGUGCAUCCGGUGGUUAUAAAGCAAACCUUUGUUUUUUGGCCGCUCUAUCGUCACAGGGUCAUGCAUGUCGAUCUGUAGUGCUUUGCUGGAAGAAAGACGUGCUCGACGCGAAAGUCGAGUAUAGUGAAGAAAAAUGUUCAUUUGGAGAUAAAAAUAAUCAUAUUACUAUUUAUCGAUUCAUUUGGAAUAAUGUCGAAAUCGUGGGUCUUGAGGUAGAAGAAUAUCUCAAGAUAUUCCCGAAAAGCACACUUUUUCAUCCACUCAAAGAUGUCGAAGAACGAAUAACGCGUUGGUUAGAGGAUAAGGAAUUUUUACCCGAAUAUGACGCAUACCAACAUUUUAUAACAGAUGAAAUCAUGUUAUUUGGUGCGACUCACUUCGUUUUCAAUGAUUCAAUUUCACUCAAGAUCGCAUCGAAUUUAUCAGGAACAAUAGCCCGCAUAUUCAUCUGCCAUGCGUGUGAGCAUCUUCCAUUCGGUCCAUAUAGUGGCGCACCAGGAUUCGAUAGCCCAACGUCCCUGAUUGAACAUAAGAGGUUAAAAAAGAUUGAAGGUGUAUGGGCGGUUAGUCGUGCGAUUAAAAAUUAUAUCGAAAUCUAUGGAGAAGGAGUUCUUGCUACUUACCUUCCUUUACAUCCAGCAACUUUUGGUGAACCACCUUUUAAGAGGUAUCACAAUUUUGAUGCGCCUUACGUUUUAAUCCCUAAUCCUGCUAGCAUAAAAGGUUAUGCUAUUUUCAAAGAGUUGACGGAAAAAAUGCCAGACAUUCAGUUCGCCGCAGUUAAAAAUUGGGGCGUUAGUGAAUAUCAACUAAAAGAAAUGGAAAAUACUGAAAACAUCAUAGUUUUGGAGACAUUCAGAGACAUGGAGGAACUAUGGCCUAAAACCAAGGUCCUUAUUGCACCAUCCCUUUGGUAUGAAGCUUUUGGAAUAGUGGUCGUGGAAGCAAUGUUACGCGGCAUACCCGCGAUUUGUUCUGACGCAGGAGGUCUACCUGAAGCUAAAUGUGGUGUCAGCUUUGGCACAAUACACGUAAACAUAACUUGUGGUGAACGUGAAAGUGACGAAAGUAUUAUUGAAAAAACGGGUGUAUAUAAAAUUCCACCUCAAAAUAUUGAGCCAUGGAUUCAAUCUCUAAGAUACUUGAUUAAUAACCGUGACGCUUAUGAGAAGAUUGGUCAAGAAUGUCGUGAAAAAGCAUUUGCAUUCAUUGAAAGCAUCAACAUUGAAAUUUACGAAAAAUGGCUUGUAGAACUGAGACAAUCUAAAUUAUCUAAUCUGAAAAGCGAAACUUAA